GAAAAUAUUUCUAUCAGGGCGAACUAUGGCUGCGUUCCGAUAUUCACUGCCAGUACUAAAAAUCUAUAGUUCAUGUCACAUGCACUAUAGAUCUUCAGUAUUAACAUUGAAUAUCGGAACGAAGCCUAUGAAACACAAUCUUGUGUCGCAUGUGUGACACAAGGUGUUUAGAGAUCUUGAAGAGAAACUCGUAGAAUUUCACACCGUCGAAACGGAGUAGACUGUUUUUAUACACUGCGUGUACUUAAAGCAGAUAUUUAACAGAACGUUGCGUAAUGCAACGAAUUGCUUUUUUUUUUUAAGCAAAUUAAUGUACUGAAACUGUCUUGUCUUUAGAGCGAGUAUUUAAAGGGAGGGCAUCGUUGAACCAGUAGACGGUAUUUCGUCGUGGUACGUUAAUACUCAUUGCUCAACACAAACACGACUUCAGUGAUCAAAGCUUUCGAGUAAAUUUUGACGAUGUCAGAGCAAUAUACUUUCUAAGUUCGGUAAGCCCCGAGUAUAUUUGUAAGCUUUACCGCUGCAGUAUAUCAUCCCGGAGAACAUUGAGACGUUCUAAAGCGUCAUAAGCGACGUCUCCGCGACGUCUUUUAGACAUGCAUGUUGUACGGGAGCAGAAACAUACACAAUAAAAGUUUUUUUUUCUUUUUACCAAUGUCGCGUGUUAAUCAGAAAAUCUACUUUCGAACGACCGGCGAGUAUGACUACGCGGAUGUUGACGUCAGAUGACCGUUGACCUCGCCUGUCACCGUUAUCAGAUAUCUAUAGAUAUCGCAGAACUGCGCAGCAACUCGGAAAAUGCACGUAUAGCCGUGCGACGGUACGGACAGUUGCGCGUGCAACGCAACGCGGUUCGCAUCGGCGGUAAUAUGGGCUACAAGAAGGGGUUAGGGCUCGGCACGUUUUUCACGGCGGUGAUCGUGCUCGUGGCGAUAUACUAUCGCAACACCGACGACGUGCUGCAGAAGCGCCUGCUCACCCUGCUGCACGGCCUUGAGCGGCUCGAAAGCAAGCACGUGAUCACCAGUCGGCCGCAAGUCGCGAUAGGUUAUGGCGUUUGCACUGACGUGUUCGUCGACGCGAAACACCUGCUCAGGUACACGGACGAGGUCGGCCGGCCCGAACAUUUCGACGAGAUCAACACCGAGCUCGAGCUGUUCAAGAGCUUCGCCUAUUAUUUCCGCCAUGGUGCCGCUGCCGAGCGCUACAUGGCAAACAGGACUCUGUUCGACGAGCUGGUGGCAAAGGCGCGUUCCUUCCCUUCGUCUUACUCGACGAUCGGCGGGAACGCCGCGGUCAUGGCGAUGCGAUUUGCGAGAGAGGGCUGCGACGUGACACUCGCGGCCAGGCUGACCAAGUCUCUCCACCAGAUGAUCCCACAGGUGAUAAAGGUCGUGGGUGGCGAGGUAAAGCGCGACGAUAUCCAUCUCAUCAUGGAAUACAAGCACGGCGAGGUGUGGGGUCCUUAUUCCAGCGCGAGAGCAAACAGGUACAUCAUUCACAACGACGUGAACAAUCCAAUGAUCAGCUCGUUCGACGCCUUCAACGAGGCUCUGGCGACCUACGAUCCCGAUUUAUUAGUAGUCAGCGGCCUCCAGAUGAUGGACAAUUAUCCGUUCCGGGAAGACAAGCGCAAGAAUCUGCUGAUGAACGUGAAGCGUCAGAUGAUGGAACGGUCGAGCACCACGAGGAUCCACUUCGAGAUGGCCUCCUUCGCCGAGGACAAGCUGUUGUUCGAGCUGUGCGACUUGGUGGUGCCCUUCGCCGACAGUUUGGGAAUGAACGAGCAAGAGAUCGCGAAUCUGUACAACACCAUGUAUUACGGCAACAUCUCGUUGGUGGCCAACUCGACCCCGCGAGUCGCCACGGUGUUGGACCAGAUGAGAACGUUGUUCAAGCUGAUUCGCCUGAGAAGCAAGUCGAUCAAGGACGCCAGGGAGCUCACGAGGAUUCAUGUGCACACAUUGGCGUACCAGGCUAUAUUUACCGUCAAAGACUCCGUCUGGAAGAAUACGAUGGCUGCCGCAGCGAAGGCGUCGCUCACUGCGCACAGACACGUGUGUGCUACGAGUAACGUCGACGUGAAGAAAGCGACACUGAUCAUGGACGACAGCUUCUCCACUUCCAUCGUGGACGGCACGCGAAUAGCACUGAAUAUCGACAAGCCGGUGUCUUGUUGGGAUGAGAUACUGAAGGCGGAGCAGGAGAACAUUCCCAUUCAGGUGUGCGUGGCGCCUGUGUUGGUUUGCACGCAAGCUAGUCAGACGGCGGGUGGCGGUGACAAUAUCUCCAGUGCAGGCCUGGUGCUUCAGAUCUGAAGCACGGUAGUACUUAUCGCCGUUUACGACGGGAUCACCACACACACAUCGACGUUGUCGCAAAUCGUCAUCUUUCUCUCUCUCACUAUCUCUGUCGCCAUCGUGUACACGUAGACGAAAAAAACGAGAAUCCGAAAACAGGCCUCCUUUAAGCUGGUUUUACAAUAGGUGUGUGUAGCAAGCUUUUAGUCUUUUGCUCUAAAGCAGAACUCGGAAAAAUCUGCACACUUCGUCCAAUUUUUAGCUCGCUUCGCCUAGCACUAUUCAAUAGCUUUCCACGCCACCCAUAAGGUGUCAUUGUUGACGCGUUUUUUUUUUAAGUGUUUUUAAUGUAAACUUUACCGCGUCUUAUGCGGCUUGUUGCGUGCAAUAUGUAGCUCGUUCCUAAUUUCGUCUGUAAAAGAUUCCGAAAGUCGGACUGAAUGUUGGUUCCUUAUUAUAUUAUAUUUAUUAUUAUACUUCAUUCUUUUUUUUUUUCAAUAACAUAAAAGGUCGUUUCAGUCAUCAGUGGAUUACUGGAGAUACCACUUAAAAAAGAACGCGUCAACACGCGUCGUACGUUACUGAGCCUCGCGCGGGGGAAGACGUAAGAGGAAUAACGUUAGGUGGAGCGAGUUGAAAAAAUCGGACGAAGUGUGCAGAUCUUGCCGAGCUCUGCUUUAAAGCAUGUUACACAGUAC